ACACACGUGGGCCAGCAAUGUCAUGGUGUCUGCUGAAGAGGUUGCACUAGAGCUGGUUCUGCCAGGAAAGGCACCAGAACUCGAGUCCACAUGAGAAACUGAGCUGCAGUUCUGGACGAGUGUUUGUACACCGCAGAAUCCUGCCAGCGAGGCACUUGUGCCUUGGUUUGGCAAGACACGGCACGUAUGGAGAGGAAUAUCCUUGGGUCUGCGCCAGAGAGCUGUAAUCGUCACCUGCGUUUCCAGUGUGGCUCAACAUCAUAGCUGAGCGCUGCUUAGAAGGAAUUGAUACUCCUAAUAAUGAUCUUCUGGAAGCAUUGUGCUGACGUUCUGUAUUUCUGCAUGUGUAAGAGUGAUCAGUGUACAUCACCAGUGUCCCUUGUCCUUGACUUAAACAGCCUCAUCUCCAGCGCUGCAAGGAAACUGUUCCUGUUUGCAAAGUUUGCACCCCCAUGGCAAGUGGAUGCAGCGAGAAAUACGAGGAGAGCACAGGCACAGCCACGCGGUUCUGCAGCUCCAGGAUGAUGUGUGCUGCCUGAGAAGCGGCUCUGGGAGGAGCUCGGCUUCCCCGGGGCGAUGCCGAGGGCACAGCGCUAUCUGCCGGGUCUGCGCAACAGUGCCGGCGCUUCCCAGGGUUGCACAGCGCCAGGCGCAGCAACGCACGCUCACAUGACAGACAAUGAUGAUUGUGUUACGAGGGGAAAGCUAGAUGGAAGCUCUAGAACACAGCCAGAGACAAAACGAGGUUCUCUUUCCAGCCAAGCUGGUUUUUGUUGUGCGGUAUGUGUUGAAGUUCCGUCAGAGACAGAGGCUGUCCAAGGCAAGUCCAUGAAGCUACUCUGCAUCUCCUGCAUGAAGAGGGAAGAGGUGACAGCCAGCACAAUGGUGGAAUGGUUCUACAGGCCAGAGGGCGGAAAAGAUGAACCUAUCUACGAGUACAGGAAAACGAACCAUGAAUUUCAAAGCCGUUUCAGCGGUCGGAUACAGUGGAAUGGGAGUAAAGACAUGCAGGAUGUAUCCAUCACUGUGUUAAACGUGACCUUGAAUGAUUCGGGUACCUACACCUGUAACAUCACCCGGGAGUUUGAGUUCGAGAUCCACCGACCGCUCUUCACAAGCUCCAGACAGAUCCACCUCACGGUGGUGGAGGAGGCUGGAGAAGACUUCACCUCAGUCAUCUCUGAAAUUAUGAUGUAUAUUCUGCUGGUCUUCCUCACCUUGUGGCUGCUGAUAGAAAUGGUCUAUUGCUACAGGAAAGUCUCGAAGGCAGAGGAGGCUGCACAGGAAAAUGCGACAGACUAUCUUGCAAUUCCAUCAGAAAACAAGGAGAACUGUGCCGUGCCUGUGGAGGAAUAACAGAGAGGAGUCAGCGCAACGAACGGCACCAAGGGGCUCUGAAGACAGGAGGACUGUGUCUCGCCAGCCGGGUUUGAGGGGGAGCUCUGCGCCGUCAGGAGGAAAUAUGGGAAAUGUAAAUUCUCUUCUGUUUGCCUUGGACUCUGUACAGCCUUGACUUUGGCCUCAUGACUCCAUUCUGAGCCGCCAGCCCGUUUGCUGAAGGACUCUUCUUUUGAAGCACGCGGAGCAAAGAGCGCAGGGGUGUGGGCGGCACGGCUCCUUCCCAGGUUUCAGUCCCACCACCACAUUAAUGGCUUUGUAAAUGUUAAGUGUCAUUUCUUAGCUGCUGUUACUGCCACCUUUAUUUGCUAAAUACGCUACUUCUCCAUUGCAGAGGUAAAGGGUGUAUAUGUCAUGGUUCUCCAACCUGCAGGACCAAGAAUGAGGUCAUCUUACGAUGAUGUACCACCAUGUGUUACAGCCCAAGUAGUCUUAUCAGUGUUAAAACAGGAAGAAUUUAAUUAAUUACUUGUUACUCUGGACUUUGCACUGCCUAUGCACAGGCAGAGUAGGAUAAGGGCUGUAAUGCAUUAGAAUGAUUGAUAAUAUAUGGUAGGAUGAGCCCCUGUGCCAUGUUCACGCUUGUUUCUGAAGGAGGGAACUCAGAAUAUAGAUCCUGAGCAGUAUGAUGUAAGUAUAAGAAUCCCCUGGACUCAUCCCUUUCCUUUAGCAAGUGUCAAAACUCUUAGUUCCUUCCAUUUGCCUUGCAUAGCAGGUUCACUGCUCACGUAGACAGAGACACAGUGAUAGGAAUAACCUGCGGAGCCACGUUCUGCGAGCCAGUGGGACAAGGUAUGCGGCUCACCUAUAUCUGGGGAAACCCCGAAAGGAAGGGCAGGCAAAAUAAACAGGGUGCGUAUCCCUCCCAGGAGGGACAGCUUUAUAAAAUGGUUGUACUUCUCGUAACUGUGAUUGUCUUGUCAUGCUAUAGUGUGGCACCACCUAGAGGAAGACACAGAAAAAGCUCACUUUUGCCUACUUAAUCGUAAUUCUUUCUUGUGAUAAUUAGUCAGUGGUUUGAACAGUUAGCACUCGUUGUAAAUGAUCCACUGCUGCACAAGAAUCACACUGUAAAUUCAGUGUUUCCUACCCAAACUUAUCUUUUCAGUCUUAGUGCAUUAAGCAGAGUAAAAACGAUUCUCUGGCCUCAAAUACAGAUCAGCUGAGCUCAACUAGGAUUGCAAGGAGAAAGAAGGGCAGAAACAUUGGCUGGGGUGGAACUGUAUCUUAAGACAAAAUGGGGAAAGGUUUGGCUUUCUUCAUACAGCAGAUGUGGUUGCAUCCUUACUGCAAUGGAGCCUGCACUGCUUGCGAGAGUUGACAAAUUUUGCUACACUGACCGCUUCUAAAUAGUUACCAAGUGCUUGUGUAUCAAGGCAUGCCUCCCACCAGUGGAAUUCCCUCUGCUUUGUUCUGCUGCUUUUUAUGUGUUGCUAAAAUCAUAGAUAUUACUCCAUUUGUAAGUCAGGCCCAGGCCAGAUUUCGAACUGGCAGCUGUUCAAAAUUCCUUUUUCAGAGUGGGUGUCACUGCAGUAAACCACUACAAUGCAGCCUCCUCGGCAGGAUCGCUCUCGAGUCCAGAGCCAAGUUUGGCAACUCGAGCGGAUUUUCCAGAUGAAGCAGACUUGUAAUCUGGGCACCGGUUCCUUAAAACUUAAUAUCCAAACGGGGAAAAAGCAGCUCCUCUUUUAAUUCGACUGGGUGUCUUUGCUUUCCCGAGGCCACCUUGCCCGGCCUCGGUGCCAUUUUGCACAUAACCCUAAAUCUAAACCCACAGCAACAGUGGAGGGACUAAUUGUAACUCCAGAUUUUCUGUCACUGACCAUGGCAUUGACACCCACAGUGAUUUUCAGGUAAGGUCACGUAACCUCUCUCCCACUCUGACUCUGCCCCUGUGAAGCAUUGAUAACCCUCUGGUGUCGUGAUGUUAAGUCAGAAAAAGGAGUAAGAACUUCUGGAGAGCUACCUCAGGUGGUAGAGAAGGGCCAUCCUCUAGUCCCGCACCUUCCGGUAUCUGACUCGCAUCUCUUCGAGAUGCUUUUUUUUGGACCUAUCUUUCACUUUUCCGGUUCCUGCAGAUGUGACUAUUGCCCUGUGUGGGUCUAGGCAGGAGAAAUGGUUUGGAUGGUGUUAAAGGCAGGUUGUGUCCUGGAAGAGAUGGUUCUGGUUGGUCUCUGAAAAGACUCUAUAUUUGCAAAUGGACAGAAGAGACUUUAGAAUAGGCAGGAUAAUAAAAAGAACAAAGCACUCACGA